AUGGCAUGCAUACACUCAACGGUCUCAACACAUCAAGCAAGGCUACUCAUCGAUCAAGGAUCUGAGCUCACAUUCAUCACGGAGGAUCUCGUCAGACAACUCAACAUACAACGUCGACACGCAACUGUCUCAAUCAUUGGCAUUGGAGCCAGGAAAACGACUAGGACCAAGGGCGUGGUGACGCUCACGCUUCACUCCUAUCAUUCUAAGCACACUGCCAUUAUUCAAGCCCACGUCCUCAAAACACUAGCGACCAUUCUACCAUCUUUUACAGCACCUCAACAAACGUGGCCACACAUAGAACCUCUGACAUUGGCAGACCCACAGUUCCUCACGCCACGUUCAAUCGACAUCAUCAUUGGAGCUGAUGCAUACGGGCAGAUUAUCAAGCCUAACAUCAUUAAACGAUCUCCUGACAUGCCAAUCGCUCAACUCUCAUUAUUUGGUUGGCUAGUGCUUGGUCCAGUCAGCUUGUCACCAUUACAAAUGUCGACUGCGCAUCACAUCAAGGUUAACCAGUACGAUCUCGAUCUUCAAGAAUUGCUGACAAGGUUCUGGGUGCAAGAAGAGCUACCAACUGAUGCAGCAGACCAGCUUACCUUGGAAGAACAACAAUGUGAAGAUCAUUACAAGGCCACACACUCUAGAGAUCCAACGGGACGAUACAUU